AUGCCUACCAAUGGCACCGGCCGUAACGCCAAUAGGCGGCUUCCAUCGUGGCUCACUUCAUCUCCUUUGCCGCCUUCAGAUGCCCAGAAAGAGCGUCGCCAACCAAACGACAAAAUCCUCAGCGAUCCCGCUUCCGACAUUCUCAUCGACUUCAAUUCGAGCGAAGGAUUUCACGAAGCAGCGAAGAAGAGCAAGAAGGCAAAGGCUCCGACCGCUCCUCCUCCGCCGCCGCCACCCCCUGCUGCUCCCCCGGCAGAUGACGGCCAAAAGGAUGAUAUGAAUGGGAAUGGCGGAGGAGCAAGCGGAGGCAGUGCCGCGGGCGGCGCAGGUGAUGGCAAUGACAGUAACGGUGGAAGCGCACCACCGAAACCUCCUACGACUUUCGAUAAUAUCAGCCUCGGAGCGAGCAAAUUGGAUCUCGGACUCAGCCCCCCAGAAAACAAGAGCAUAUCUAGCUGGGGCGCAAAAUUGGGAUUCGGUGGUGGUGGAUGGGGUUGGGGAGGGGGAUCGAAGAACGAACCACAACCAGCACCAGCGCCGCCGCCGCCAGAACCGAAGGACGAAGACAAUCCUUGGGACAAACCGAAGGGCAGUACAGGCAACUUAGGGAUGAAAGACGACGAUGAUGCUUGGGGAUUCGGAACCAAAAAGGACAAGAAACCAUCAGCGCUAUGGGGUGCCGAGCCCGAGGAGGAACCUAAAGAUGCUGGCGAUCCUUGGGGCUGGGGUAACCAAAAGAAGAAGGGGAAGCCCGGUGGAAUCUUGGAGGAACUUGCCCUCGACACAGAACCCGAAGGCCCCCCUGGUGGAAAGAAGGAUAUAUGGGACACUUGGGGAAUAUCUAAAAAAGAUCGGGCGAAGAAGAAAGGCAUCAUGGAGGAGGUUGCUUUGGCGGCUGCCCCAGAUCCCCCCUCAAUGGACGACCAAUGGGGUAGUGGUUGGUCUGGCAAGAAUGACAAAUCGCCACAGAAUUCCCUCUGGGGAGCCCAGGACCCAAUACCUGCAGCUCCUGAUCCUCCAUCAUUUGAGGAUAAGGAUGGUGAUGACUUUUGGAGCACUUUUGGCUCAGGCAAAGCAAAACCUGUGGAAGAUAACCCGGGUGGAUGGGGUUCGUGGGGAAUCAGUAAGACAGGUGAGGAUAUAACAAACACGAAGCCUGGCGCACACGAUUUCCUUAUCGAUACCACCGACCCGGAGCAAGCCGCCCGAGAAGCUGAAGACGCUGAAGCUGCACGCGAAGAUGAGGAAAUUGCGAGUCUUGCAGAAAAGAAGGCUAAAAGAGGAGGGAGACUUCUCAAGUCAGAUCGCGAACGACUUACGUUGCUCGAAGACAAUGCUGCUAGAAGAGCUGAAGCUCGGGCAGCCCGGGAAGCUGAAGCGGCUGCCGCUGCUGAGGCCGCCCAAGCAGAAGCGCAAGCAGUGGCCGACGCCCAGGCAGCUGCAGAUGCCGAAGCUGCUGCUUUGCAAGCCGCAGAAGAUGCUGAGGCAGCUAAGGAAAAUGAAGAAAUUGCGCUAUUGCUAGCGAAAAAACAGAAACGAGGGGGGAAGUUGCUGAAAAAGGACCAGGAGCGCCUGACUCUGCUUGAAGGUAAUGUUCGUCGAAGAGCUGAAGCUCAGGCUGCUCGUGAGGCUGCUGCUGCUGCCGCUGCCGAUGCGGCGGCAGUCGAGGUUAUUAACGACAUUCCUCUCGACGAGGCACCCCCCCCUGAGUGUUUUGAACCAGACGCAGCUGCACAAGCAGCUACAGAAGCAGAAGCAGCACUGGCCUCUGAAACAGCACAGGAAGAGGCUGAAAUAGAGAGCCUCAAGUCAAAGAAGGCCAAGAAAGGCAAGCUAAUAAAGAAGGACCAAGAACGACUUAAUAUUCUUAUAGAUAACGCAGCAAAGCGAGCCGAACAAGCAGCAGCCAAAGAGGCAGAGGAACAGGCAGCCAAGGACGCUGAGGAUGCCGCCGCCGCCGCCGCCAUAGAGGCUGCUGAAGCCGAAUCAGCAGCUCAAGCUGCAGCCGAGGCCGAAGAAGCAGCCAAGGAAGAGGAAGAAAUGGCUGCUCUGAAAGCCAAAAAGGCUAAAAAGGUGAAGCUCACUAAAGUUGAAACAGCUCGCUUAAUGGCUCUGGUCGGGAGCUCGGUCAAACGUGCCCAAGCAAAGUCUGCUAAAGAGGCUGAAGAAGCUGCUGCGGCACAGGCUGUCCGUGAAGCCGAGGAGUCUGCAAUCCGUGAGGCUGAGGAGAAGGCUGCUCGUGAAGCUGAAGAAGCAGCCACCCGUGAGGCUGAUGCGGCCAUCGCUGCCGAAGAAGAGAAGGAGCUUGCAGCGUUAGAUGCUUUAAAAACUAAGCGAGGUGGUAAUUUGAUUAAGAAGAAGGAUGUAGAUCGUUACAACGUCCUUACUCAAAGAGUCACCGAACGAGCAGCCAAGAACGCUGAAGCUGCUGCUACUGAGGUGCACGCAGAAGCAACCCCCGAAAUCUCAGAUGAACCAACCGGACCAGCCCCUGAGCCAGCCCCUGAAGAUCCGCCAGUGGACGCUGAUGCUGCACCUGCAGAACCAGAGCCUAUACCAGGGCCAGAUGCCACGGUCAUCGCAGCGGAAGACGCAGAGUUGGCGAGUCUGGAGGCGAAGAAGGCGAAGAAGGGCAAGCUUGGCAAGAAAGACACAGAUCGAUAUAACCUUCUCAGCGAAAAUGCCCUUCAGCGACAGGCCGCCAAAGAAGCUGAGGAGACAGCUGCACGAGAGGCUGCUGAAGCGGAAGCUGCAGCUGCAGCUGCAGACAAGGCAGCAGCAGCACAAGUUACCGAAGCUGAAGCUUUAACAGCAAGCGAAGCUGAGGCUGUCCUUAUCGCUGACGAAGAGGCAGAGCUAGCCACUCUUAUUGCUAAAAAGGCUAAGAAAGGGAAGCUCAUCAAGAAGGAUCUGGAACGAUUUAAUAUUCUGACGGAGAACGCCACACAACGACAAGCCUCGAGAGAUGCAGAAGAGGCAGCUGUUGCCGCCGCCGCCGAAGCUGAGGCAGAGGCAGAGGCUGCUAAAGACGCAGAAGCUGCUGCUGCAGCAGAAGCCGCCGAAGCAGAAGCCUUAGCGGCUCGUGAAGCCGAGGCCAUCGCUAUUGCCGAAGAGGAAGCUGAGUUAGCUGCAUUAACGACAAAGAAGGCCAAGAAGGGCAAGCUUAUCAAGAGAGAUGCUGAACGAUUUGCAAUCUUGACUGAAAAUGCAGAACGGCGAGCUCAGGAAGCAGCAAUAGUCACUGAACAGCCUGAAGAUCCAACGACUAUACCUGAAGUAGAAGCCGAGGAACCCCCCCCAGAACCUCCAGUGGAUGAGUUACCUGUUGAAGGUGAUGAUCCUGAUGCAAAUGCUACUGCUAUUGCUGAAGAAGAAAGUGAACUUGCUGCUUUGGUGGCUAAGAAAGAGAGAAAAGGCAAACUUGGGAAGAAGGAUACUGACCGCUUUAAUCUUCUUACUGCGAACGCAACCACUCGGGCAGAGAAAGCAGCCGAGGAGGAAGCAGCCGCACAGGCAGCCGAGGCCGCCGCUGCCGAAGCUGAAGAGGCAGCCGCCGCCGAGGCCGCUGCUAUAGAGGAAGCCGCCGCUCGAGAGGCUGCAGAGGCGGAGGCUGCAGUUAUUGCUGAGGAGGAAGCUGAGCUGGCUGCUCUGACCGCCAAGAAAAACAAGAAAGGCAAGCUUGGCAAGAAGGAUAGCGAUAGAUUUGCUGUCCUUACUGAGAACGCUACCCAAAGAGCUGAGAAGGCUGCUGAAGCGGUCGAAGUUGAACCUGAACCCGAGCUUGAGCCUGAGCCUGAGCCUGAGCCUGAACCUGAACCUGAACCUGAGGAAGAGGCUCCUCCUGAAGUUGAGGACCCCCUUGUGGAUGAGUUUGAUGACGCUGCUGCUUCUGAAGCUGAUGAUGAAGAAGCCGCCAUUGCUGCUGAGGCUGCUGCUAUCGCUGCUACUAUCGCCGCUGAGGAGGAGGAAGAGAUGGAAGCUCUUAUUGCCAAGAAAAAUAAAAAGGGCAAACUAGGCAAGAAGGAUAGCGACCGGCUGGCUAUUCUGGCUGACAAUGCUGCCCAGAGAGCUGAGAAGGCUGCUCAGGAAGAGGCUGCUGCUUUGGGCGAACUUGAAAUCGUUGAAGACCCUCCCGCAGAUAUUGAAGAACCAGCCCCUGAAUGUGCUCCAGAGGCAUAUCCAGAAGAGGAAGCGCCCCCCGAAGAACAUGAUGUUGCCGCUGCUGCUGAGGAACAAGAGUUGGCAGACUUAGAUGCAAAGAAGGCAAGGAAAGGCAAGUUAGGUAGAAAGGAUACCGACCGUUACAACGUCCUGACCGAAAAUGCUACCAAACGGGCCGAGGAACAGGCUGCUGCGGAAGCUAACGAGAUUGCUGCAACAGAGGCUGCUGCUGCUGCGGAAGCCGAAGAGAUAGCUACAAGAGAAGCCGCAGAAGCCGGUGCAGCUAUGGCUGCCGAGGAGGCUGAAAAGGAGGCUGCAAAAGCUGAAGCUGAAGCGGCAAUCGCGCAAGAAGAAGAGGAGCUAGCUGCGCUUAAAGCUAAAAAGGAAAGGAAGGGCAAACUGGGACGCAAGGAUACCGAUCGCCUUAAUGCUCUUAUGGACAGUAAAGCCGCUAGAGAUGCCCAGGCUUUUGAGGAGCAGGCAGCUAAAGAAGCCGAGGAGCAGGCAGCUCAAGAAGCUGAAGAAGCUGCUGCAAGAGAGGCUGCUGAAGCUGCAGAGGCUGAAGAGAUAGCUUCAAGAGAGGCUGCUGAAGCCGAGAGUGCUGCUAUUGCUGCCGAAGAAGAAGCUGAACUGGCUGCAUUAACUGCUAAAAAGGCAAGAAAGGGCAAGCUGGGACGUAAAGAUACGGAGCGAUUUGAUCAGCUAAUAUCAAAUACUGCCCAACGAGCCGAAGAACAAGCUGCUCGCCAAGCUGAGGCUGUUGCCGAGGAGGUCACUACCGAAGAAAUACCCCUAGAAGAACCCGAAGAACCAACUCCUGACGUCGAGGAACCUGUUGAAGAGGCUCCUGAAGAUCUAGCUCCGGAUAUCGACGAUGAAGCCGCUGCUAUGGCUGCUGAAGAAGAGGCAGAGCUUGCGUCUCUUGAAGCAAAGAAGGCGCGCAAAGGAAGACUUGGGAACAAGGAUACACAACGAUUCAACUUUUUAACCGAGAAUCUUGCGAAACGCGCCGAAGAGCAAGCCGCUAAGGAAGCUGAAGCCCAGGCAGCAGCAGAAGCUGAGGCUGCAGCUGAAGAGGCUGCAGCUGAAGAUGCACUAGAAGAUGCUGCCGAGGACGAUGAUGAAGAUGCUGCUGCACGAGAGGCUGCCGAAGCUGAAGCCGCUGCUGUUGCAGAAGAAGAAGCCGAAUUAGCUGCGCUUGUUGCUAAGAAGGCUAGAAAGGGCAAGCUUGGUAGAAAGGAUACCGAGCGGUUUGAUGUUCUGACUGAGAACGCAGCCAGGCGUGAGGAGGAGCAGGCUGCUAAGGAAGCUGAGGCCGAGGUGGAAGAACCAGCUCUUGAACAGACUGAAGAUACUGCCGAACCCGAGCCUGAGGAGAAUCUCGGCGAUGAGGAUGCUGCUGCAGAAGAAGCCGCCGAGGCAGAGGCACAAGCUAUUGCUGCAGAGGAAGAAGCAGAGCUUGCUGCCUUGAACAAGAAAAAGGCAAAGAAGGGCAGGCUAGGCCGUUCAGAUACAGAACGGUUCAAUAUCCUGAUAGAUAACGCAGCAAGACGUGUUGAGAUGCAAGCAGCUAAGGAGGCAGCAGAGGCAGCAGAGGUAGCAGAGGAAGAGGAUGACGAAUUUGUCGAUGCCGAAGAUGGCGAGGAUGAAUUGGCUGAGGAGCAUGAGCCUGAAGCUGAGGAAGCUGCUGAACUCGAUGAAGAGGAUGUCGCCGUCGCCGCCGCGGAGGCAGAGGCACAAGCAGCAGCUAUUGCUGAAGAAGAGGCAGAGUUGGCAUCGCUAAGUAAAAAGAAGAUCAAGAAGGGCAAAUUGGGUCGCAAAGACACGGAAAGGUUUCAGCUUUUGACAGACAAUGCCGCUAGGCGUGCUGAGGAAGCAGCAGCCCGAGAAGCUGAAGAAGCUGCAGCGGCCGAAGUCGAACCAGACCCAGAAGCUGAAGCUGAAGCUGAAGCUGGACCGGAAGUUGAAUCAGAAGCCGAGCCCGAAGUUGAGCCUGAGCCUGAGCUUGAAGCCGACCAAGAGCCUGAAGAUGAUUCAAAUGAGAUCGAUGAAACCGAACAAGCCGCAAUUGCUGAAGAAGAGGCAGAGCUAGCAGCGUUGAUCAAGAAAAAGGCCAAGAAGGGUAAACUGGGUAGGAAAGAUACUGAAAGAUUUGAGAUCUUGACAGAAAACGCUGCUAGACGCGAAGAUGAGCGAGCUGCCAAAGAAGCUGCGGCGGCGGCUGCUGCCAUUGCGGAAGCCGAACUCGAAGUUGCCGAAGGGGAUCCUGAAGCUGAUGCCAUUGCAGAGGCCGACGAGCCUGCUAAUGAGGAAGGGGGUGAGGAUUUCGCUGAAGCUGAGGAUGGCGAGGCGGCAGCUCGAGAAGCUGAAGAGGCCGCAAUUGCCGAUGCUGAAGAGGAGGAGUUGGAGUCCUUGAAAGCCAAGCGGGUAAGAAAAGGCAGGCUUGGCAGAAAGGAUACAGAACGGUUCGCGGUCUUGGAAGAAAACGCGGCCCGUCGCGCUGAAGAACGUGCUGCUAAGGAAGCUGCUGCUGUGGAAGACGAAGACGAUGAGCCUGCCGAAGACGACGAACCGGAUGAAGAUGAAGAUGGAGUUGAAGAGGAGGAGGAGGAGGAGGAGGAGGAAGAAGACAAUGCUGCCGUUGAGGAGGAAGAAGCAGCUAGAGAGGCAGAAGAAGCAGCAGCUAGAGAGGCAGAAGAAGCAGCAGCGAGAGAAGCAGAAGAAGCAGCCAUUGCUGAGGCUGAAGAGGACGAGUUCGAGUCACUAAAAGCCAAAAGGGCCAGAAAAGGCAGAUUAGGCAGAAAGGACACAGAGCGAUUUGUUAUACUGGAAGAGAACGCAGCUCGUCGUGCUGAGGAACGUGCUACUAGGGAGGCUGCCGCUGCUGCUGCCGCUGAGGCCGAGGCCGAAGUCAACGUGGAUGAAGAAGAAGAGGAGGAGGAGGAGGAGGAGGAAGAGAAGGAGGACGGCGAAGAGGGAGAAGAUGAAGACGGUGCCGUUGAUGAUGAUGAUGAUGAUGAUGAAGAAGAAGAAGAAGAAGAAGAAGAAGCGGUUAGAGAAGCAGAAGAGGCUGCAGCUCGCGAGGCCGAAGAAGCUGCAGCAAGAGACGCUGAGGCUGCCGCUAUUGCCGAGGCCGAGGAAGCAGAGCUUGAUUCUCUUCGGUUCAAGAAGUCGAGAAAAGGCAGGCUGAGCAGAAAGGAUACAGAUCGACUUAAAUUUCUCGAAGACAGCGCUGCAAAGAGGGCCGAAGAGCUUGCUGCAAAGGAGGCUGCCGCUACAGCAGAAGCCGAAGCCGACAAGGCACCUGAAGAGGAGGAAGACGAUGAGGAUGAAGAUGAAGGUGAAGAUGAAGAUGAAGAUGAAGAAGAAGACGCUGCUGAGAAGCCAACUGAAGUCGCAAAUGACGACGUUGCUGAAGAGUCUGGCCAAGAAGAGGUUGAGGCUGCCCCUGAAGAAGUUGAAGCUGAAGCGCCUAUGGACGAUGAGAUUGUUGAAGUCAUUGACUUGUCGCCAAAGAAGGACAGAAGGAGCAGAAAGAGCAAAUCCCGACGCGAUGCUCCUCCGCCGCCACCAGUUCCAGAUCCUCCAUUGACGCCUCCGCCCGAGCCGAAGCAGUCUCGAAGACCAAAACUUGCCCGCGAAGGGGCGCCAUGGGGCAAAUGGGAAGCGACUCCGCGUGAAGAACCAGACGAUUACUAUCAGGAGAAGUAUAGCAGGCACAGAAGGCGGGAGGAAAAGACAUCAUCGAAGGGGUCGUCGUCCGACAAAGUUGAGAAGAAUUCUAGGCCGACUGCUCCAUUCGGCAAACCGAAUUUUUCACGCUCAGCUUCAACUCGCGAGAAAAGAGAUGGUGUGAGCAGCAAGCGCCGUCAUUCUGAAACCGCUCGUGGAAUUGUUUCACCGCCCCCUGAAGAGAUGCUUGUGCACGAAGAGCCAGGCAGUCGCCGCAAAUCUCGUAAACCACGAUCCCGUGAGGACGAUGGUGCUAUGAUGUCCGGCGCUGCCCCUGUGCCAGAGAGAUAUGAGCGCCGCCACUCACACAAGACUCGAUCGCGCGAAGACGACGAUGUCAUCAUGGUUGAUCCUGACCUCGCAAAUGAUAGACGCGAGCGCCGCCGGUCUCAUAAGACACGAUCCCGCGAAGACGAAGAUAUGGUUAUGGCGGAUGAUAUAAUCACGCCUGGCUUGCGCGAUCGUCGCCGCCGAGAUAGAAGAUCUCGGGAUGAGGAGCCUGUUAUGGUGGAACCCGACGUUCCCACUGACCAUGCUCUGCCACGAGGUUCCAAGAAGGGCUUUGCUGGCCUCUUCAGUGGCCUGAGAACACCCAAAAACGAGCGCCCUGACCCUCUCCGACGUCGCAGUACAUACGCGACAACUGACGAUGAAGCCCUGCGCACUGCGAGAAUGGAUGGUGACGCAGUAAUCGUCGAUGCCGACCGAGAAGCAAGACGGGCUGCACGCAAAGCUAAACGAGCCGAUCCUGAAGAAGAAGCGCGCAGGGCCAAGGACGAGGCGCGCCGAGAGCGACGUCGACAACGUGAGAAGGGGGCGGAUACUCAAAGGCAGGAUCAAGAUGAACGCAGGGCCGAGCGUCGUGCUGCUCGACAACGUGGCGAAGAGGAAAGACGAGCCCAGGAGGAGCAGCAAGCAGAUGAGGAACUGCAGCGAGCACAAGAAGCGAAGGAGGCCCAAAGAUCAGAGCGUAGGCGCUUGCGCAGAGAACAAGAGGCUGCUGCUGCUGCAGAGCAAGAGGAACAAGAAGCACGUCGAGCCGCAAGACGCGAACGUCGGCGGCCUCGACCGGUCGGUCCAUCCGAAGACGAGCAUGAGCGUCGUCGUCGUCGAGAAGCCAAAAGAGCCGCUCGAGCUACUGAUGAAGCUGAAGGUCAUCAGCGAAGGCCACGACGACAUGAGGAGAUGCAGCAGCCAGCUUGGCCACAUCUUGGAACCUCUUCGUGGGUUCAAGAGCACGUUGAUGCACCGCCCCCGCCGGAUCUUCCCCAAGCUGAUGAUGCCAGCGGAGGACAAGACGAGGACGACGAGAUGGCACGACGUGAAGCUCGACGAGCUCAACACCGAUCCAAAUACUCCGACGAGACGCCAGAUGAGGCUGAAGAAAGGCGAAAGCGACGUGCAAGGCGUGAAGAACGGGAUCGAGGUGGUCGCCAUCGCGACAGGCGAUCUGAAGGCAGCGAUGAACGACACCAUACCCGCCGGCCGUCGAACGUUGUGGAUACGGCCGCGGCUCCCCGCACGAGUUGGUGGAAGAAGAUCAAGAGAUGA